GACAGUAGGAUCCAUAUGAAUGUGUUUUCAUAUUCUUACAUUUAUGAAAUUCAUUUUGCUACCUCAUUUCAGAUGAAUGCGAAUGCCUCUCUGACCAUGUCUUUAGCACAGACUCCUUACUGCAAGAAAAAAGGUUAUGAUCCUCAGAGUCCUUUGUGUGCCCAUGUGAUCUUCUCUGGAUUGGUUGAAAAGGUUCCAAAUGGCACAGAAACAGACUUUGCAAAGACAGCAUUGUUCAGUAGACAUCCUGAAAUGGCUACCUGGCCACCAGAUCAUAACUGGUUCUUUGCGAAAUUCAACAUCACCAACGUCUGGGUCCUGGAUUACUUUGGUGGAAUCAAGACUGUGACUCCAGAAGAAUAUUUUAAUGCUGUGCCCUAG